AUGUCUGCGCUGGCUCUCAUAGUGUUUGGACUCUUCUACAUUCGCAGCCAGCGUAAAGCUGUUCCUUUCAAAGAUCCGCCCAGCAAAGCCGUGGACUACGUCAACCCGCUGAUCGGCAACGGUGGUGACACGCCCAACACGUCGGGAGGGAUGAUCCCCUCGACGGCACCGCCCUUCGGCAUGACCCGCUGGACAGCGCAAACGAGAGAGAACUACGUCUCUAUGACACCCUACAACGUCUCCGACACGCACAUACACGGCUUUCAGGGAACUCACCAGCCUGCGAUAUGGAUGGGCGAGAGUGGGCAGGUCGUCGUCGUCCCUGGUUCGGGAAAGGUGAAGGCGAAGUUCGAUGACAGAGGGAUGAAGUUUGAGAGGGCGAGUGAGAUCAGGACCCCGAGUUAUUAUCGGGUGGAGAUGGAUGCGGUCGAUGGCGGGCAGAUCAUUGCCGAACAGAGCGCAACCUCGCGCGUUGGGCACCUACGCUUCACCUUCCAAGGCACUGCGACGCCGUAUGUCCUUCUGGAAGUGACCCGCGAAUCAGUAGUCGCGUCCAACACUACAGACCUGACUUACCCAACUGGCGCGAUCAACCCGAGUAACUGGACCUAUCCAAUUGGCACGGCUUACGUUGACCCUAUACGCCGCGAGAUAUGUGGCUCCAACCCUGAGCGACAAGACUUCAUACUAGGACCUAGCCCCGCGCCGUCAUUCGCAGGUCACUUCUGUGCCAGAUUCGACGUUCCAUUUCAUGGAUAUGGGACGACGCAGGACGGUGCUGUACAUACGGGCGAGAUAACUCGGGAGGGCAAGCUACUCGGCGCGUACGCAGCGUUCCCUCCCGAACAGAAGGUCGUGAACGUACGCGUCGGCGUGUCGUUCAUAUCGAUCGACCAGGCUAGGAAGAAUUUGGACAAUGAGAUACCGGACGGGACGUCGCUGGAGAGCACAGCUAAGCAGACGAGGAAGGCGUGGGCUGAGAAGCUCAACAGGGUCGAGGUUGAAGGGGGGAGUGAGGAGCAGAGGGAGAUAUUCUACACUGCGAUCUUCCACGCGCUUCAGUACCCUUACGAACAGAACGAAGGCGGUAGAUACUACUCUGGCUAUGACGACAAAGUUCACACGGGCGAGUCCUAUACCGGAUACUCUCUUUGGGACACCUUCCGUGCAGCAUGGACCUUCCAGAUUCUCUUUGCUCCCGAGCGUAUACCCGGGAUGGUACAGAGCAUGCUCAACGACUUCCGGGAAGGUGGCUGGUUGCCGAUGUGGAAGAACAUCGUCGAGACGAACAUCAUGGUCGGCACCCACGCAGACUCGCUUGUCGCCGAAGCCGUUCUUAAAGGUAUUACGGGCUUUGACCUCGACCUGGUCUAUGCAGCCGUAUACAAAGAUGCCACAGUGCCGCCCGUAGAUGAUGACAAGAUCUCGUACGAAGAUCGCGAGAUGGGCGUUGGCUAUGAAGUCCGUGCUGGACUCAGUACGGUCUACGCCGACAAAGGCUGGGUCGCGGCAGACGUUCACUCCGAGUCCGGCUCGCGCACACUGGACUACGCGUACGACGACUACGCAAUCUCUCUCCUUGCCAAACACCUAGGCAAAACGUCCGACGCAGCGUUCUUUAUGGAGCGUUCACUUCGUGCACCGUUCACGAUCUUCAACAAGAAGACUGGGUUCAUGGAGGCGCGGAACGCAGAUGGAAGCUGGGCUGGAGAGGACGUUGGGUGGACGGAGGGCGAUAAAUGGGCGUAUAGCUUCGAUGUUGUGCACGCUGUGGAAGACCUCAUCGAGGCGAGGGGUGGGAAGGCGGCGUUUGUGAGGAGUCUGGACGCGCAUUUCGAUGGUGGGCAUAAUGACCAUGCGAACGAGCCCUCGCAUCAUGUACCAUACAUGUACGCGCUUGCGGGCGCCGCUUCGAAAGGCCAGGAGAGGAUACGCGAGGUGGCUAGAAAGGAUUACAACACGACUCCUGCUGGGUUGUCAGGGAACGAGGAUUGCGGACAGAUGAGUGCCUGGUACGUCUUCUCCGCGCUCGGCUUCUACCCCGUCAAUCCUGUCUCUGGCGAGUAUGUCGUCGGAACGCCAUUCUUCGACAAGACCACCAUUCACCUCCCGGGUGCACCUCAACCGCUGGUAAUUACGGCGCCAGGCGCCACGCACCAACCCUACGUCAAGUCUAUUACCGUCAAUGGCGACAGGCUCGAACGACCUGUCAUUUUGCACUCGCAAAUCAAAGAUGGCGGGGAGAUCGUCUUCGAGAUGAGCGGAGAGCCGCAAAAGUGGGCUUCCGAAACGAUGUGGAAAGCAUAG